CUAUCACAAUGCGCAGUGUUAGAUUACCACCUCGACGAGGUCGAGACAGGCCGAGCAUCGCGUUCUCGGCGCGCUUAGAGCUUUACACAGUUGUUGCCCGUAAUUCACACGCACUCGGUACUUCUCGCCUCAUCGAACGAACCGAAAGAACCGACUGCGAUCGCGAGUCCACGGUGCAGCUUGUCGUUAUUAUAAAUAAAUAAACACCAUGGAGAACGUACGCGUGUCAAAUUUGAUUGACGCAUCGACGCGCAUCGACAGCGACAAGACCAGCGCUACUAGUUUCGUGAAAGAUGUGCCAAAGAUCACGAGAUACUCGUUGGCCGAUUCGGCGGACGGGUCGAACGGUGGAAUGGAUUAUCACAUCGAGAUAAUUAACAAGGACGAUAAACUGAGGGUGUUGAAAUUCUUGAGACGAUUCUUCUUCCGGGAUGAACCGCUCAAUCAAAGUAUCCAGUUGAUCCCGGAGGGUGAGGACAGCACUUGCUGGGAACUGGAGGAUUAUUGCAGUAACGCAUCCUUUGAAAACAACCUGAGUCUGAAGGCGGUCUCGGCGAAUGGUACCAUCGUUGGAGUCUCACUUAACGGUAAAAUGGGCCCUCCGCCAGUCGAGGAACCAGAAUACAUACGUUCAUGCAAAAACGCAAAAUUUAAGGAGAUACUGAAGCUGCUGCACUACAUAGACAAAAACGUGAACGUGGGCGAACGAUUUCGGGAUUUGAGCGUUUUGGAAAUUAGAAUAAUUUCAGUGGAUACAAAUUGGAGGGGAAAGGGUAUCGCGAAAGGUCUUAUAGACAAAUCUAUGGAAGUUGCGAAGGCGCAAGGAUUUCAUUACGUCAGGGCAGACUGCACGUCUCAGUUCUCCGGUAAGCUCUGUGCACGAAUGGGUUUUAACGCCAUAUACGAACUCGAUUACAAGGAUUAUGUGGAGGAGGAUGGGAAGCAAAUAUUCUCACCCGCGUUUCCACACACCACGGCCGUCACGUAUAUGAAACAGUUGUGAGGAUCGAACAGUUUCAUACGUAUAUGUAUAUGAUGCCGUAUAUAUAUGUAUAUAUAUAUAUUAUUUAAAGAAUGCGAUUUCCUCUCAUGUAUGUGAUAUUAUGUAUGAAAUACAUCGCAAAGAGUGUAAUGUAUAAUUAAUAAUUAAAUAAUUAAAAUAAAAUAAAAC